AUGUGUGCGAGACAUAUCUAUGGGAACAUAAGGAAGUUACAUCCUAACAAGCCUCAGCUGAAAAAGUUGUUUUGGAGCAUUGUUGAAAGUCCUAAUGAAGCUGACUACAAAGCAAGAGACCCGAGACUUGUAGCAGGGCUUACUUUUCUACUGCACCAUGUUGUUGAAGAUGCUCUCAACAACAAUUCCGAGUCUUACAAUAGGACACUAGAGAAGGCACGUGCAAUGCCAUUGGUGGAGAUGCUAGAGACAAUGAGACGAUUAGCUAUGAAGCGUAUUGAUCUAAGGAAGAAGAUAGUCAAGGAUUACAAAGGAAAGUUCAGCCUGAAGGUUACUAAGAUGAUAGCAUUUGAGACAAAAUACAGGAAGAAUUGUAAAUCUAUUCCUGGACCUACUGGUGAGUUCGAGGUCUCUGAAGAUGGAAUACGGUAUGCAGUUGAUAUGAGAGCAAAGACAUGUAGCUGUAGGAGAUGGGAUUUGACUGGGAUUCCUUGCAGACAUGCACUCCGUGUCGUUUUGGAUCAAAAGAAGAGAUACAAGACCGACAAUUUGGUGUCUGAUUGGUAUUUGACUUCUAAGUGGCAGCACCAAUACUCAGAUUCGAUCAAACCAGUAAGAGGGAUCAAGUUUUGGAUUCCAUCUGGUGAGUCAACAAUACAAGCUCCACCAAGAGAGAUCUCUAAAGGGCACAAGAAGAAACCUCAACAAAGAAUGAAAGGAGUUAACAAGUCUCCUAAGAAGGGAAAAAAGGUAACUGGUCACAACCGUGUGAUGCAUUGUUCAAGGUGUGGUUCUACUGAGCAUAGUUGUACUAAUUGUUCUAACGAUGGAGUUCCUUGUAAGCCUCGUCCACCUAAGAAGCAGAAAACAACUACAUCACAUGAUGAAGUUGCAGUCGAUCCUGGUGAAGGACCUUCUCAAACUUAA